AUGCUGUCUCUGACAUUCAUUCGAAAUGCGGCUAAAUUUACAACAACAUCACAAAUAAGCCGCUUGUGUGUAUCGACUGUUGCGGUUAAUCUGACUGAACCAGCUAAACGUCCAUCAAAUUGUGUGCUAAUUGGAAAUAAAAUUCAUUCGGUUCAAUCAUCAUUGCAUUCCGGAUUCUGCACAUUCAAACCGAAAAAAUCAAAGAAAGCUGUACCGGCCGUCGACCAUGUAGGACGCUUAGAUCUACGCAUUGGUAAAAUUGUGGACAUAAAACCAGCACCAGAUUCGGACACACUGUAUUUGACAAAAGUAAAUAUUGGCGAAGAAGUGUUAGCGAUUGUUGCUGGCCUAGCAAAGUUGAUACCAUCCGAUAAACUACUAAAUCAACAGGUUGUUGUACUCUGUAACUUAAAACCUUCGAAACUACGGGGACAUUUAUCGGAAGGAAUGAUUAUGUGCGCAAAGGCAAAUGAUCAAACGGAAAUUUUACAACCGCCAUCGAAUGCUGUGCCUGGGGAUUUAGUCCUUUGUGAUGACUACGAGCGUGUUCCCGUUGAAACACCGCGUGACAAAAAGAGGCUUUACGAUUCGUUAGCGCCGGAUUUACUUACAAAUGAUCAAUUGGUGGCGUGUUAUAAAGGCUCUAGAUUAUUUGUAAUGGAUAAGGGAAACAUUUCGGCCAAAACUUUGAAAAAUGCACAUAUUUCUUAG